GCUUCGUCUAUUCAUGUACUUUAUCUGUGGUCCAAUAUAUUCUAGUUAGUCAAUGCUGGGAUUGAUCAUUGUAUUAUUCAACAGCUGGUAUUUUGUUGUCGUACAGGUCAGAUAUUGACAGAAGAAAUGUUUCGAACUUUUAUAUUAUUUUUCUAAAAAGAGGCAACAUCUAAGAGAGAGAAAAUCUCUAAUAACUUGUGGUCAAAAUGGUUAAUACGAAAGAGAACGAUAUUAACCAAGGAGUGUUAGACUUAAUAAAUGAUAUUCAUUACGGUGGCGUUAAGCGUACAUACAAUACCGUAGUGGCUACUAUAUUGGUUCUAAAAAAUAUCAUAAGUAACGAAGAAUGGACCACCGCCAAGAAUUUGAUAAAUAUAAUUAGACGAAAUGGAAAAUAUUUAGUAGAAGCUAUUCCCCUUGAAUUUUGUAUUGGAAAUAUGGUUCGUAGAACAUUACAAAUAAUCAGAGAAGAAUAUAUUGAGUUAAAGAACAAUACUGAAGAAACGGACAUACAAGAAUCUUUACAUAAAAUUCUCACUGCUGAAGGUGAUCAGAAAGUUGAUUUUAACAUUUCCAUACCUUCUCUCAAAUCAGUUAUCAUUGAACACAUUAAUGAAUUUGAAGUUGAGUUAGAAACUUGUGCAGAAAAUAUUACACAGCAAGCAUCUGAACACAUCCAUUCGAAUGAAAUUAUCAUGACAAUUGGCAAAUCUACAUUAGUAGAAGAGUUUUUCAAGAAAGCUGCUGAGACAAGAGCUUUUGAAGUUAUAGUAGCUGAAGGAGGACCAUCAUUAACUGGUCAUGACAUGGCAGUAAAUCUGUCAAAGGCUAAAAUCAAAACUACUUUAAUAUCAGAUGUGGCAAUUUUUGCAAUGAUGUCACGAGUGAAUAAAGUAAUAAUUGGUACACACUCUGUCAUGGCAAAUGGAGGAUUGAGAGCUAUUUCAGGUUCACAUACAGUUGCUCAAGCUGCGAAACAUUAUUCUGUCCCAGUAAUGGUCUUAUUACCAUUGUACAAGUUGUCUCCGUUGUAUCUUUAUUCCCAUGAACAGGAUGGUUUUAAUAAUCAUGUCUCACCAUUGCAAGGUGUAAUCGAUGGUGCAAAUGUAUCGUUGUUGGAAAGAAUUCAUGUAUAUAAUCCAGUUUUUGAUUAUGUACCUCCAGAAUUAGUUACAUUAUUUAUUUCAAACACGGGUGGAAAUGCACCAUCAUACAUUUAUAGAUUACUUAGUGAAUUGUAUCACCCAGAUGAUUAUGAAUUAUAAUAGAUGAAUGUUAAAACAUG